AAUGCCUGCGUCUUCGCGGAACUCCGUUGUAUUUUACGUGCUCUCUGAUCUCAUCUUUUCGUACCCACUUUCUCCUCUGUGACUAAAGAAAAGAAACUGGCCCACUGGAUGCUGGAAAGACAGUGGGACACCUAAAUAUCUCGGACCGGCGCGGAAAGGAGAGGCCUGACCUUGGAAGCGGACCGGGGUCCUGUGGCAGGUCCUUCCAGGCGGGUGACAUUCAGCCGGCCAGUCGGGGUGACGGGCUCUCCGUCCUAGGACCAUGGCCCAGUUUGUCCGUAACCUCGCGGAGAAGGCCCCGGCGCUGGUCAACGCUGCUGUGACUUACUCGAAGCCUCGAUUGGCCACGUUUUGGUACUAUGCCAAGGUUGAGCUGGUUCCUCCAACCCCUGCUGAGAUCCCUACAGCAAUUCAGAGCUUGAAAAAAAUUAUCAACAGUGCUAAAACUGGUAGCUUCAAACAGCUCACUGUUAAGGAAGCUCUACUGAAUGGUUUGGUGGCCACUGAGGUGUGGAUGUGGUUUUAUGUUGGCGAGAUCAUAGGCAAGCGUGGCAUCAUUGGCUAUGAUGUUUGAAGACCAAUUUUUAACGUGUGAUUAUAUUUGCUUUAUUAUUCAAGUGUUCUUGGACCAUGUGUGAACAGACUGCUAUUUGAAUAAAAUAAGACAAUGUGUCAGAAUCAGUGUUUUCUCUAUCAAACACUACAUGGAAGGUCAUAAUUUGUCUUGAAAUUAAGUCGGGUUGUCUUUUGCUUUAAUGUAUUAAUACAGUUCUAAAUGCAUGCCUUUGCUUAGCCUGCAAUUGGAAAAGAUAUACAUGAGUAUACCAACCUGGUACCUAUAUAAAUGAGGUUAACUUUAUUCUGAAAGCUUGAAAUAAAUUAUAUUUAAGCUUUAUUUCUAGAAAAGCUGGGGGGAAGGCUUUGAGAAAAUGAGAACUUGCUCCAGUAGGAGAAAUAAUAAUACCAUGUGCCAAGCAUGAUACAGUUAAAUCACGUAGCAUUAAGAAUACAAUUUGGGCAGUUUUUCUUUGCAAAAAUCAGAGAAAGAUCCCUUUGACAACACCUUGUCAGCUUGAAUAUAGCCUCCCAAAAGAACAGCAUGAUGAUAAUCUGUGUAUCUUUGUAACAUCUUUAACAUUAGGACAGAGUGAAUGAAAGCAAUAACGUAUUUUUCAUCUGAUUUUGAUAUUUGUUGUAUUAUUAAUCUGUCCAGUUUUUAAGGACCUAUCUUUGCAAAAAUAAAACAUCCUAUAGAUAUUUAACAGGGUUAUGAUUUAGUACUCUCCUUGGGCCUAAAUAGUAUAUUAUGUCCUGAAAUAAAUGUAAGUGAUUGGU